AUGAUAAUAAAUAUGAGCUUCAACCCAUAUCUUACAAAACCGAAGUCGAUUUUGAACAGCGAAGGCCGUCACCGCGAUCCUCCGCUGUGGCCUAUGGACGACCCCCGUCGUAUAAGUCUGAACUGGGGCAACGAGCCGUCGACCCUCAUCGUCGUUAUCAAGUACCUGGCGCUGGCCAUGAUAGUGUCGUUUGUGAUUUGGUUCCUCUGGCCGAUUAAACGGGCCCCUGUAGAAUUCGAAGAAGAUGAGGACGAAGAAAGCGAAAGCGAAUUCGGCGAAGAUACCGAAGCCGAAUAUGAUAUUGUCAAAAAAGACAGU